AUGACUUCCCCCAGACUCAUUCCCCUGUGGAAGGAUUUUAAAUACCUUGUAAAUGACAUGAUACAUAAAAGCAAGGCUAUAAUAUGGAUGAAGAGCAAAACUGAGGACAUGGUGGAGAAGAGAACGUUCUCCAUGACUGACCAGCUGCCGCCCAUCCAGUCCAUGGUCCACACAGGUUCCUUUCACAUCCUCGUGGUCUACUGCGGUGACCUGCUCCUGAGGCUCUUUGGGGACCACUUUCGGUCAUUUAAACCCCUGGGUUUAGUGCCCUGCCGCUUUAACAUCAGCUGCCUCUGCUAUGACCCAGAAAUGAAGAUGCUUCUGUCGGGCAUCCUGGGGGCAGUGGUCACCUGGAUCAUUGAGCAGAGUGGCAAGGGGCUCCAAAUAGCCCACGUGGUUUCCAUGCCUAGUGAUGAGCUUAUCCAUGACAUCAUGUUGAAUGGCCCCAAUGGCUCUCUCGUAGCCCUGUGUGAGACUGUGGUGAGGGUCCUUGAGCGCCAGGGCCGCGGCCGGCUGGCAGAGGUGAAGAGGUUCCCUUCCAACACCAGUGGCUCCUCAAUCACCUGCUGCUUCACCUGUUUUGAGCAGGGCUUUCUCUAUACUGGAAACAAGACUGGGGAAAUCCAAGUGUGGAGCCUCAAUCGGGGCCACUCUCUCCACAGUUUCAAGGCCCAUUUCUCACCAGUGAUAUGUAUCCACAGCCGGCCAGAAGCCCACACCCUGCUAACAGCCGGCAAGGAAGGCUUAAUCAAGGAGUGGAACCUGACUUCAGGGAGUCUGCUGCGGCAGCUAGAACUUGGCGAGGAUCUGUAUCGACUCCAGUUUAUUGAUAGCACUACUUUCUUCUGCCAGACUACCCAUUCUUUCUCCUUGCGCAGUCUGCCCUGCUUCUAUAACCUCUUCAAUGUCUGUGGCUCUGCUCCCCAGCAGGUGCGUCGGGUCCGCUGUGGCAAUAACCGGUUCCGGAUCCUGUGCACUACUGAGGAUGGCUUGUUGCGCUUUGUGUCCCCACUAACAGGGAAUCUUCUGGUUAUCACCUGGCCCUUCUCAAUCCUGGACCAGGCUGUGGAUUGGGCCUAUGACCCAGAUAAAGAGGAGCUCUUUGUAGCAACAGGCAGCUCAGAUGUGCUGGUAUUUGACACAACCCGCUGCCCUUGCCCAGCCAAGUAUCUUCUAUGCACCUCACCAGAUCCUCAGGACUUGGUACAAUGCCUGGCUUAUGGGAAUUUCCACCUGGGUCGGGGUCUAGAAGGACUAAUGUUCUCUGGACACCAGAGUGGUAUGAUCAGAGUGCUUUCCCAGCACAGCUGUGCCCGAACAGAGAAAUUCAUGCACUUUGGGGCUGUAUUAGCACUCUCUACACUGCCUGGAGGGCUUUCUGGCAGCCCAGGAAACUCUUUGCUCUGUUCCUAUGGAAUGGAUGACUACAUACAUCUAUCAGAAGCUGUGUUUGAAGGGGUCAGAGUGCAGCUGCGGCUCCUCACCAGCAUUCUCAGCAGCUGUCAGCUGACACACUUGAUACUCUUACCCAAGUCUGUGGGUGCCAUCACAGAGACUAACUGCCUGCGUCUCUGGAAGUUCCAUGACUUUCUGUCCUCUGGGUCACAGGAACGCUCGACGUUCAUAGAGACAUUGCCUCUGCACCAGUGUACCAUCACAUCUUUUGAUGUCUGCCUUUCCUUGAGUCUUUUUGUCACAGGUGGCAGUGACGGCUCUGUCCGGAUCUGGAACUUCCACGGUAGACUCAUAGCCAUGCUGGACUCAUCACUGCACUUUGGCCCCCUCUGCUUUGCAAAUGACCGAGGUGACCUGCUUGUAACUUUCAACCAGAGUCUUUAUCUGGUGUCCUGUUUAAAACUGCUUCCCCCAACCAUGCUGGCUCGCCUUUCCCUUACAGGUAUGACAGAUGAAGUGCUAGAAGUUCCUAAGCCUUUCAUACCAAGCUUCUUCUUCUCCUUUGAGACCAUGUUUGUGCCCAAGUAUGUCUACCUUGGACAGGGGCAACAGCAAUUAGUGGGUCUGGAGACCCUUGUCAAUACUCGGGCCAUUGCCUUUGAUCAUAACGUGCCACACGUCAUAGAAGAAGAUGAGCAAGGGAGCCCUGUGCUACUGUCUUCCUUCAGAUAUGAUUCCUUGUCUAAGGACACUGAUUGGACACAGGUGACAAAACCUCCUCAUUCCCAUUAUGUGCUUCCUCCCCAACUACAGCUGACUACUUGGGAUGGACUCAACCCCUACCAGAUACUGCGAUGCUACUUUGGUCAUGGGCAGAAAUGGCUCUUGGCUCCUGAUUGCUACAUCCCUAACUCAGUGAUUCGUGCCUGUCUUUGGCCAGAGGGCAGCCCGAUAUACCUACAGUGCAACCUGCACUCACCCAUGAGGGAAUUGGAAUGGGACAAAUCUCAACACUUCUUCUUCUGGCAUAGUAGGGCAAGAGCUAUAAGUGAUGUAGGAGAAUAUGCACGUGAAAAGGAGGAUGACUUCCUAGAAAUAAGAGCAUCAAAGGAUAUAACUUACAGUGUCCUCACAGACUCUGCAAACCACAGUUGGCUGGGAAGAAAGAUGAGUGAAAUAGCUAUCAAUAGCCUGAUAGAGACAAUUCUCACUAUUAUGAUCCAUGCAUCUCCACUGAAGUACCAGUGCUGUAUUGGUGCACUAGGGCAAAUCUUUGCCUCUUACCAGGUGUCUCCACCCCUGCGCUCUGAAACAGCCCAUCGUCUGUUGGAUGAUACAACCAAUUCCAAUCCACUGAUCCGAGAGCUAGCCUGGGAAGGGCUGAAGCGUCUAGGAAUGAUUACUCAUCUCUUUGCCAUGCCUCUGGCCCAAGGACUAAUGGACAAAGAUGAAAGAGUGAGGAGUAAGGCCCUGAGCCUCAUGGCUGAGACUGGAGUCCACUCUAAGACCUCACUCUUAAACUUGAUCCAGGACCGAGAUACUUUCCGGGAGAUGCAGCAGGAAAUGGUUGGUGAGGAAACCCUGGACCAUCUGCUGGGAAUGCGGGCCACAGAUCUCCAAAUCCUUCAUACUCAAGUGCAGCAGCGAUUGAAUGAAAACCUGACCUUAUCAUGGGAUGAUGAAAAGCCUACUUUUUCUUUAGAUGUUUCAGGGGCUUUUGAACAUACCGCCCUUUCCAAACAACUUGAUACAGCUCCUGAAGAACCUGAAGUUGCCUUCAAGCCCAGCAAAGGCCAAAAACGGGGCCGAGUAGGAGGCAGAAAGCAUACCCGAAAAUUUUUGCGGAGCCUCAAGAAGAUUAGAGAGACUGGCCCAGAGCCAGGUCCCUUCGAGGGAGAAGGUGAUCAGAGUGAAGCUGCACCAGCUGAGGGGGAGGAGUCUAGGUCUUCAAUCUCCAGUAUAUUAAAGAUUUCAAAAGAUGAGGAACAACCUCCAGAGGUAGAUGCCUCAAAGGAUCAUGUUGCAUUGACCCUGAAGAUGCUGAGGAAGAUACGUGACAAAAAAGACAGGAAAGCAACACUUCAGAAACCCACAAAGAGGCGCAAGAGGAAGACAAUAAAAGCUGAAGUUCCAGUUGAGGAAUCUCCAUAUCCUAUAAGGAGAGAAUCAGUUGUGAAGCCAGUGAAAAUCAAAGGACAGGGUGCCUCUGGAGCUCCUGGCCAUAGGACCGCUCCUGGAGAUGGCUCAUCAUGGCGGGAUGAUCUAUGUCGUCUUAUGACCCUGAGGAUAUCUGGUUCCCAGACAAAAAUGUCAGAAGCUCUAAACAUUGAGCUAGUGACCACAGCUCAGGAGGUGCUGUCAGAUCGACGGCCCAGCUGGGAGCUCUUUCAGGAGAUCUGCCCCCUGCUGCAGAAAGAAAGUAAGGAACUGCUUGAGGACCUUGACUGGGAUGUAGCCUGGCCAGAGGAGAAACCAGUUUUUAUUCAUGGAAGAGCAAUUAGAGAGGACACGGUAAUCAGAGACAAGGAAGAGGAGACAAAGGAAGAGCAAGAGCAAAAGAAAGAAAGGGAUGUGCAGGACUUGCGAGAAGCCCAGGUGAUGCCCAAAAAAGGCAAGAAAAAGAAAGUUAUUUUUUUAGAAUCAGACGUAACCAAGGGAAAACAAAUAUCAAAGAAAGAAGAGAAGAAACCCUUUAAGAAGCCUUCUAAACAGGAGAGGAAAGCAGUCCAGCGGGAAAUAAAAGUGGAUAAAAAAGAGAGGAAAAUAACCAAAGAAGAGAGGGACGUUAGUCAGGAAGUAGGGGAAAUGGCCAAAUUAGAGGAGGAAGUGGUUGAGCAAGAAGGAAGACCAGUUAAGGAAGAGAUGAAGCUAUCUUGGCAGGAGUGGAAGAAGUCCCAGGAUCAGUGGAAACAGGCUUAUGGUGAGACGAGUAUAUCCUGGGAUGAAUGGAAGAAAACUUGGGAAAGCAAGCAUCUUCAGGAAGAAGAGAAACGACAGGAGGAGGAAGAAAAGCUGUUACCAGAUGAGGAAAAGCUGGAGAGGGACAAGAGGAUGCGGACGUGGGAUGAAUGGUCACAGAUCUGGGAAAAGACAUCAGCCAGGGCCAGGGAGCAAUUGUUGGAGGAUGGGGAGGAAGUGACCCGGGAGGAAGAACUGUCUCAGGAGUGGGAAGGAGAAGAAGAAGCAGCAGAAGAAGCAGCAGCAGAAGAAGGAGAAGAGCUAAUGACAGAAGAGCAGAGACAGGUCCACCAAGAAUAUAAACAGGCACAGGCUGAGAGGAAACGGGCCCAAGCUGAAAUAAAACAAGCCCAAGAAGAGAGUAAGCUGGCACAAGAAGAAGAGAAGCUAGCACAGGAAGAGAGAAUACUGGCUCAGGAAGAGAGAAAAAUGGCCAGAGACUUAGAGAAACAGGCCCAGAAAGACAGGAAAAUGAUCCAGGCAGAGAGGAAGUUUAUCCAGAAUGAGGAAAAACUAGCCCAAAGAGAGGAGAUGCUAACCCAGGAAGCAGAGAAAGUAGCCCAGCAAAGGAAGAAACUGGCUAUGAAACUGGAGAAACUAGCUCGAGAAGAAGAGAAAACAGCAAAGAAAGGAGGCAAGCUAGCUGAGGUAAAAAAGAUAUUGGUCCAGAAAUUGGAAAAACUGGCCCAAAAGGAGCAAGAUCUAGCAUGGCAAGAAAAGGAACUAGCCCAGGAAUUGGAGGACCUGGCGUGGGAAGAGGAGGAACUGGCUUUGAAAGAAGAGGAACUGAAUGAGAAAGAGGAGGAACUGGUCAAUGAAGAGGAGAGACUGGACCAGGAGGAGACGACGCUGGCCUUACAAGAGGAGAAACUGGAUAUGGAAGAGAAAGAAGUGGUCCAGGAAGAAGAAUUGCUGAUCCAGGAAGGAAAGAAAUUGGUCCAGGACAAGGAAAAAUGGUCUGAGGAAAAGGAACACCUUGGCCAGAGAAGGGAGCAGUUGAUGGAGAAUAAGCAAAAGUUGGCCCAGGAAGAAGAACUCCUGACCCAGGAAGAGAAGAAACUGGCCCAGGAGAAGGUGAAAUCUCCUGGAGAAGAGGAAAGACUUGCCCAGAAAAGGGAGCAGUUGAUGGAGAAUAAACAGAAACUGACCCAAGAAGAAGAGCUACUAAUCCAGGAUGAGAAGACACUGACCCAGGACAUGGAAACACUGCUUGUGGAGGAGGAAAGAUUUGCCCAGAGAAGGGAGCAAUUGAGAAAGGAUAAGCAAAAAUUGGCCCAGGAAAGGAAUAAAUUGGUCCAGAACAAAGAAGAACUCUUCAAAACCAAGGAGAUACUAGCCUGGAGGCAGAAGACUCUGGCUCAGGAGAAGGAGAAUCUGGCUCAGGAGCAGGUGAAACUGGCUCAGAGGAAAGAAAAUUUAAUCCAGCUCAAAGAAAGCCUCACCCAAAAGGGAAAGAAAUUAGGCCACAAAAAGGAGAAAGCGGACAUGUACAAGAAGAGACUGAUUCAGAUAGAGAAGAAGCUGAUGGAGGAAAAGGAGAAACUUCUCCAGAAGAAGGAGAAACUGGCUGCUGUAGAGGAAAAACUGACCCAAUUAGAGGAAAGUCUUGCUGAGAAACAGCAUGAACUAGCCCAGGACAAAAUGAAAUUAGCUACAGAGAAGAGGGCAAUACUCCAAAAACUGAAACAGCUCAGAGGUGACUGGUCUAUUACUAAGGAAGAAAAGGCAUUAGGCACGGAAAUGAAGAAACUGGCCUGGGAGAAGGUGAGACUAGCUGAGGGAAAGGAAACUCUCUUCAAGGAAGAGACUCAAGAAACUUUAAGACAGGGAAGACCAACUAAGGAUGAACUAGAACUAAUUAGGAGGAAACUGUCACUAGAGGAAAAGAUACUGGUCUAUGAAGAUAGGAUACUGGCCACAGAACACACAGACAUUACCAAAGGAAAACUGGAGUUUACUAGAGGAGGGAGAGUAUAUGCCCAGGAAGAAAGGAAGCUAGCCAAAUUAAUAAGGAAGUUGGCUACAGAAAGUCAGGGCAUUUCCAAGAAACCAUUAAAAGUAAGCAGCAAAAUCUUAAAGGUACUUCAAGCCCUUAUCAAAGAAGAAAGAAAACUAACCCAGGAAGAAAUAGAGAUGACAAAGUUAAAGAGGGCAUUCUUUAUUAAGGAAAGGGAACUGAACAAGGUACAGGAUGAACUUGAUGCCAAGGAGUGGGAUUUUUCUGAGGAACAACCAGAAAUUACCACAGAUGAGAAGAAACUGGCUAAGAGGCAGAGAAAACUGGCCAAGGAAAUGAGAAGAUUGAUAAAGAAAGAGAAAAAGAUGACUGAGCAAGAAAGCAGAUUGGCCAGGCAACAGAGAGAAGUCAUUGAGGAAGAAGGGGAGGAAGAAAUAACAGAGGAAGAAGAGGCAAAGCCAUUCCUUAAACAAAGGUCGAGAAAGAGAAAAAAGCUAAAGAGAGUUGAUAUGCAACAGGAAGAGCUUCUCAGUCAAGAGGAUGAGAUGAAAAGUGUGAAAAGUGAAGAGAGCUUUUCUGAAGAAAUGGAAAGCCUGUUAGAUGAAAUAGAGAGAGAGAAUUUGUCUGUGGAGGAGGAAGAAGAGGAAGAGGAGGAGGAGGUGGAGGAGAAAGACGAAGAGGAAGGGAAGGAGAAGAAGAAAAAGAAGAAGAAGAAGGUGCAGGAGGAGGAAGAGCAGGAGGAGGAAGUGUUUGAGAAGGAAGAAAGCACGAGUGAGGAAGAGGUGGAACGUUUGAGUGAGAAAGAAGAGGAGGAAGAGGAGAGAAGCUCGUUGGAAGAAGAGGUAGACAAGAAAAAAGAGAUCUUUAAAAAACAAAAACUAUUUAAGUUACCAGGAGAAAGAAAAAAGGACUUAAUAGGAAAAAAAACAGUCCCUUUUAUUGAAAGAAGAAUCCCCGAGGUCAAAGGUAGUGCUAUAAAACUGGAUGUUCUGAAAAGCCCUUCCAAGCAACUGAUCUCAGUAGUUCUGGAGAGGGAAGAGACGAUAUCAGUGCCAGUGUCAACUAAACAAAAAUCCUGGGAAGAUAAGACCACAGUACUUGAGAAACCCAGGGUACUCCUAGGAACAGGGUUUAUGGAUAAACAAGAACUGUUAAAGAAAUAUAAGCCAAUACCUCUACAAGUUUUGGAUACAGUUUUGGAGUCCCAAGAGCCUGACUUAAAGACCCCGUAUUUAUCCCACAUAUUGAAGAAGACCAUGGAAGCUCAUAAACUCCAAGGCAAACCACUAGGGGUCAAGUGGCAGUGGCUUCUGCAGCGUCAUCCAUCUCUGAAGGGACAGACUGAGGUAAAAUUACCUGUGUCCAAAAUCCUGGCUGAGGAAAUAUAUGCAGACUUAAGCCUCUCAGAUGUAGAGUGGAUGCACCAUGUCCUAGAACAGAUGGAGGCAGGAGAACAGCUUUCCAGGGAUAGUUUCCACAGAUUGUGCCAGCUUCUCAAAGACCUCACUGCAAAGGAAAACUUAGAGUGGAUGCAUCUGGCCAAACUUGAAGCCAUUGUGUACCAUCACAAGCAGAUCUUGGAAUCGCAAAGCACACAUAUCUCAAAACCCAGUAAGGAUCCCAUGGGUCCAAAAUACCUGAAAGUGAUCCCUCCUAUAAAAGGAAAGGAAAAGGAAAGCUGGCUAAAACCAUCUGUCUCCACACGAAAGUCCCCAUUAGCUACCAAAAUGACUUCAGACCCAAAGGCUAUAAAUUGGCAUCUUCUAGGAGAGCCUUACAGGAGUGCGCGGGCAGAGCAGAUAUCCACUGCUCUCAAGGAGAUGGAGAUGCAACACUAUUACCCUGCAACAAGAGACAUUUUCACAGGUGCCCUUGACCCUGUGGAAAAACAAACCCUAGCACUGAUGUUUCAAAAGGACUUCUGGGCUUUUAAGGAUAAGGGCAGGUUUGCCAAAUUGCCCAAGUUGGAGAAGAAGGCACAGCCCAUCUCUAAAAAAAAGGAAGAGGUGCCUCUGUGGGAGACAUUUGUGGCAUUGUACCAUGUUUUGCGGAUGUUAAAGGAGCGAUACGCAAGAGACAGUGCUGCUUGGAUGGAACAGUUCUACCGCCUCAUGGACCUGUACCAACUUAAGUCCCCCCGAAUCCAGAGGCUACUACAGGAACUGCUACAAAGAGAGGAACCCCAGUCCCAAGAGAUCAUUUACAAAGAGGCCCUAAACGCCAUAGACUUAGUUCCUGGGGAGCGGUUGUUAUACCACCUGUUCUGUGGUGGCUCUCACACCCCUAACGGUCCUCUGGAGUUCCAGGAGGUGGUUCCCCUCCCAGGGCAGAACAAUGUACGUACCAUGCUGCCUACAGGCAUUGCCCAAUAUGGGAUCUUAGAACUUGCCUGGAAGAGCCUGCCGCAAGCUGAUUUACACCUCACUAAGGAAUCGCCCUACAUCGUUGCUCCUACCCCCUAA